CCUGUUAGGCUUUCAAGGAUCCAAGCUGCUGAAACUGGAAAUAGAGAGAAAGAGACCAACGAGAUAAGUUGCCUGUUGUCCUCCAAGGCGAAAGUCCAAGGAAGCUCUUAGCUAAUCACUUGACAAAGAGCUCUUUGUUAUGGAUUCCUCUGAAGAAAUAUGACUCUCUGGAUCGAAUGAGGAGUGCUUGGUGCUGUGAUCUCCAUUCCUUACCAGUUCAGCUGAGGGCUUUGCAAGCGCACAGCAAAAGCCGGACCUCCACCAGGCCUUCUGGAGAUGUCUCCCUUCUCCGUAGCCAUCCUUUUGUCGUGUGCCCUGGUGGCCCAGGCCUCCAAGGCUUGCCCCCACCCGUGCACCUGCUACGAGUCCUCCAGUUUCGUGGACUGCCACAGCCGCCACUUGGCCAAAGUCCCCCAAGGCGUCCCUCACGACACAUGGAUGCUGGACCUGAGGCACAACAACUUGAGUGGGCUACAGGGAGGCGGCUUUGAUGCCCUGUGGUCCCUGAGGAUUCUACUCUUGUCCCACAAUCCCAUUACGAGGAUAUGGCCCAACGCUUUCAGGACCCUGGGCUUCCUGGAGAAGAUGGACCUCAGCCACAACCUCCUGGUCCACCUGCCGCACUACUUCUCGGACGACUUGACUUCUCUGAAGGAACUCAAGGUGUCCUACAACCACCUGGGAGCCUUGCGUUUCAACAGCUUGCAGUACCUAGAGAACUUGGAGAAGCUAGACCUGAGCCACAACCGGGUGACUUCGAUCGAGAGAGGAACUUUCCAGGGCCUCUCUGGGCUCAGGCACCUCUACCUUCAGUCUAACAGACUUACGGUGCUCUACAAUGGCUUCUCCUUCAUGCUCCAGAACCUUGAGGUCCUCCUGCUGAGCAACAACAACAUCAGCGCCAUUGAGCUGGAGGCUUUCAUCUCCUUGCACAACAUGAAGCUUCUGUCCCUGACGGGCAACCAGCUCAUUCACCUCAAAUUCAAGACGUUCCUGAACAUCCAGACCAUCAGCACCCAUAUCCAAUUUGCAGGCAACCCGUGGAUUUGCGACUGCGACCUCCAGCGUGUUUUUGGCAAGAUCAUGAGUGUCCGGCACCUUCAUGUGGAUGACUACGAGAACAUCACCUGCGCCAGCCCCUGGCAGCUGGCGGGGUCACCCCUCACGUCUGUGGACAGCCAGCUGUGCGUGGCAGAGACUGCCACUGUCCUGGUUAUCACUGUCACCGUCUUGGUGACGGUGAUCGCUGCCAUUGUCAUGGCAGAGAGGAACAGGAAGAAGAACCAGGGCAAGAACUGGAAUGAACCCGAAGGUCCCUUUGACUCGGAGAAAUGAGAUGGGGUCACGGG